AUGUAUAAAAAUUCUAUUAUUACACAGAAGCCAACAAUGUUUAAUUGUCGAAUCAAUAGCACUACCAGUAAUAGUAGUGAAGACAAAGGAAGUAUCGACAAUAAUUCUAGUAACCAUUCAGCAAAAACUAUUAUGGCACAGUUUGUGUGUAGUCGGUCAAAAUCUAUUCAAUUUACCAGUGAUAAUAAUGAUGUUACUACUGCUACUACUCAUAAUAAUUCUAACCAUCAUCAUAAUAAUAAUUUAAAUGAUCAUAUGCAAAUGCGCAAUUCAUUUGUUGAUAAUGCCACAUUGACUACAAAAACUAUUAAUAAUAUAAAUGAAAAAUUCAACCUAAAAAACAAUUUAAUAGAACGGAAUUUAUUUGAUAAACUUUUAAAUUGUUUUCGUCCACUUAUUUGUCUUAUUCAAAAAGAAAAAUCUUUUCCUUCAUCAGAUCAAGAUCUACCAUGGGAAGUUCCAUUUGAAUCAGUGACCGAUUUAAUAUGGAUUGGAUCUGGUGCACAAGGUGUAGUUUUUCGUGGUUGUUUUCGUGAUGAAUUGAUUGCAGUGAAAAAAGUCAAUAAACAAUCUGAUACAGAUAUUCGUCAUUUACGUUAUUUAAAUCAUCCAAAUGUGAUUAAAUUCAGAGGAGUAUGUGUCGAACAACCAUGUUAUUGUAUAUUAAUGGAAUAUUGUCCAUAUGGUCAAUUAUAUGAAAUUAUUCAUUCUGCUAAUCCAAUAUCACCAUCUUUAAUUUGUUCAUGGAUUAAACAAAUCGCUAGUGGAAUGCAUUAUUUACAUUCAUGUAAAAUAAUUCACAGAGAUUUAAAAUCACCAAAUGUUUUAGUCGGUUAUAAUCAUGUAUUGAAAAUAUCCGAUUUUGGUGCAUCUCGUGAAUGGACAGAGAAUUCUACUAAAAUGUCAUUUACUGGAACUGUUGCUUGGAUGGCACCUGAAGUAAUACGUAAUGAACCGUGUUCAUUUAAAGUUGAUGUAUGGUCUUAUGGUGUAUUGUUAUGGGAAUUAUUAACUGGUGAAAUCCCUUAUCAUAAUGUUGAUUCAACUGCAAUUCUAUGGGGUGUUGGCAGUGAAAAUCUUCGUUUACCAAUUCCAAUGACAUGUCCUUCAGAAUUACGUGUUCUAAUGAAAACAUGUUGGAAUAUCAAACCAAGAAAUCGUCCAAGUUUUCGUCAAAUUCUAUCACACUUAAAUGUAACUUGUUCACGUCUACUACAAUACACCGAUGAUGAAUUUAUUUCAUUGCGUCAAUUAUGGAAAGAAGAAAUCACUGUUUAUCUACAGGAUAUUCGACUUGAAGGUCAAUGUACACCAAAACUUGAAGUAAUGCUAAUUCGUCGUCGACGUGAAGAAUUAUGUCAUGCACAAGAUAUUCGACGGUGUUAUGAUGAUAAACGUGAACGAGCUAAUGAAUUAUACACAGAAUUGAAAAUUUUACUAACUGAAUGUGAAGAAGAGAAACGUAAAGCUGAACGAGAACGUUUACACUAUGAGUCACUUAUUCGUGAAUUCAACAACAAUCAACAACACCGCCAACAACAACAACAAGAAUUACAGGAUCAUGAAAAAAUUUCGCCUCAAGAAGAAGCAGAAGAAAACGAAAGAACUAUUGACACUCGUAGUCAAAAACUUCGAUUUUCUGAUACUACUAAUACUACUACUGCUACUACUACACCAAAUAAACAAUUUCCUUUUUCAACAUUAUCUACAUUUUCAUUAGGACGUAAAUUAAGUGAUUUCUAUAAUCGUCGACGUAAUGAUUUGAAAUUCACUAAUAAACCAGUUGCAAUUGUCCUACCAUCAUCAUCAUCAUCAUCAUCAUGCACAUCAGCAACAGCAACAACAGCAACAGCACUAAUGUUAUCACCGAAUAAUUCAUCUAUUCCUAUAACUGAUAUAAUGACACUAAUGAUGAUGAAUAAUAGAAUGAAUAAACAUCAAAAUGAUGAUGCUGGUUAUUAUUUCAUGCAAUCAAAUAGUUUGCAACAAUUCUAUGAAAUUUAUCGUUUAGGUUAUUUUAUUUAUUAUAAUUUAUUGAAUACUACUACUACUACUAUUAAUAAUAAUAAUAAUAAUAAUAGUAGUAUUAGUAGUUAUCGAACUAAUAAAAAACAAAAAUGUCCAUUAUGUGGUGGUACUGGUAGUGUUGCUUCAUCUAUCAAUAAUAAUGUCGGAUUUUUCAAAUCCUCCUAUCGUCAUCAUCAUCAUCAUCAUCAUCAUCGUAGAGCAUUGACAUUGUCUAUGUUGGAAUAUAAAUUACGUGAUCAACAACUAAUGGCUUAUUCAUCUUUGAUUUAUGAUGAAUUGUUUGGGAAUACUCCUAAUACUACUACUACUACAACCAAUAAUAAUAAUAAUAUACAACCAUAUUCACUCUUAUAUGAUACAAAGAAAUUUGCCAGUACAAAUAGUUUACAUCAAAUUUUAAGUAUCCCUUGUCCUCCUCCCCCACCACCACCAGCAUAUGACUCUGUAAUGACAAUUUAUAACCAAACAGCAGGCGGAGAUCAUUCUCGCACUCACUGUGAUCAUUAUUAUUUUACUUCUGCAAAACAAUCAAUAGAUCAUCCAAAUGUUCCAAACCAAUCAACAAUUAAGGCAAAAUCGAAUUGUAAUACUAUGAUUGAUGAUAAGACCAAUAGUGAUAACAACAAUCAAAAUAGUGAUAAGAAUAAAUUGUCCUGUAAUCAUCCAAAUUGGAUAGCUGUGACUACUUUGCCUUCAUCAGUGACAUCUGUAGAUUGUCAUUUAGGAGAUAAUGUAAUGACUACUACUACUACUACUGCUAGUAGUAGUAGUACAACCCUUGCCAUCAGCACCACUAUAUACACUACUAAUACUACUGUAACUAAUACUGUCACUACUAGUAGUAGUAGUAUGAACAUUCAUGAUAAUUCAAUCAAUAAUUCUAAUCAAAUUCAACCUAAUGUAAAUGAAAACGGGCAGACAACAAUAAAGAAUGAUGAAUUAUUGUUCAAUGGUUUAUCCAAGACAACAGUUCCGGUUGACAAGAAGAAAUGUCAAAUUAUCAAUUGGCUUAGUCCUUUAAAACAAUUAUCCAAUUUCCAUCAGUUCUCAUCAUAUAAUAAUAAUAAUAAUCAUGAUCAUUGUAAUUUAUUAUCAAAAUAUUAUCAUAUCAAUUAUCAAUUGAAACGUUCCAUUAGUCAAGAUUCUUUAUUAUAUUCUAUGAAAAAAUUACAAUCAAUAAAAAAUCAUCUACCUGUGGAAUGCAUCAUCUCAUCCAAUGAUCCAUCUGCUUAUAUCAAUAAAAAAUUCUCAUCAUCUCUAUCAUCCAUAAUUCCAACAAUGAAAUUGUGUAAAUCGGCACAACAAUAUGGUUUAAAUAAAUUGAAUGUUGUAACAAAUAAACAUGAUUGUUGUUUCACAACAACUGUUCUGUCAAAAUCAUCUAUGCAUCAUCAUGAUUGUCAAUUGCCACAACAACACCAACAACAACGACACAUACCUUCCACUGAUAAUGAUCACAUUGAAAGUCAUUUACAAAUCAUCAAAGAUGAUGUUCAUGUUGAUGUUGACAAUGAUCACAAACUCAAAGAUAAAGAUAAUGAUGAUUUUCAUUUUCUUGAACAUGUCAGUCCAUUAUGGUCACCAAGUAAAAGUUUAUUUCAUUAUAAAAAUAAACAUCAAUUAAUUCAAUCAACCAAUGAUAAUAAUCCUAAAGGUGAUUGUGAUCUCUUAUCAAUACCAUCAUCGAUUUCACCGAAAUACUCUGCAUCAAUUCCUAGAAUACCACCACGUCGUUCGAACAGUACCAAAAUCAAUGCAGAUUAUUAUAAUUUUGACAAUUCUGUCUUUAAUCAAACAACAGCUCAUAGUGUGAAAAUAUCAUCACCAUCUUCACCUAUGCAUAAGAAUAAUAAUAAUCAUAGCAUGAAUAGUAAAGAAAAUUCGGACUCAGAAAAUAUUCAACUAAGAAAAUAUCCUGGUCGACGAAAUUUCAUGACAAUUGAAUCAUUUUUAAGAAAUUCCAGUACAACUAUGCCAUCCGAUCAACUUUCUCGACCACUUCGUUCACGUUACUAUCAGUAUCGUCAUCGUUCAAGAUUGUAUUCUUUGUCUCAACCUAGAAGAAAUAGUAACAGUUUGUUGGAUUUGAAUUCCAACUAUCGAUCUACAUCUUUUUCAGCCUCUUCAUCAUCUCCGCUCUCAUCAUCCAUCGGAACUCGUACACGUAUGAGUAUUGAAAAUUUAGCCAAUGAAUUACAAUCGCAUAUGAUUGAUAGUUUAAGUGAUAAAGAAUAUCAUGUUCGACGUGUAUGCAGUCGAUUAAGAAAACAACGACAACAACAACAGCAGCAACAGCAACAACAACAACAACAACAAUCCUAUCAAAAACAAUCUUCUAUGCCUAUUCAUCAUCAAUUGACAAUAGAUAAUGAUACAUUUGUACAGAAUUCAACAUUUACUCCAUUGUUAUCAGUGACCAAUACUGUGACUACUACUACUGCAACUAAUACUACUACAACUACAACUACUGUUGAACCAAUGCGUUCAGCAUUGCAUGCCUUACCAGAUCAAUUAUUGUCAACUACAACUAAAACCAUUGAACCAUCAUCAUCAUUAUCAUCACAAUUGUAUGCACCAAAUUCAAUUAUAUUUAUGACAUCUACAUGUACAACAAUAUCGAGUAUAACAGAAACCGAAGUCGAUUUAAGCGAUGAUGAUUGUGAUAAACUGGAUGCAGAACUCCCUAGUGAUGAUCACCACGAUCAUGGUGUUUUGCCUUCGAAUAAAGAGGAGGAACAAGAAGAAGAUCACAACGACAUCGAUUGCACAAAAUCAAUACCAAAUUCACUAAUUAGUUAAUUACUUUUUUUUCUGACUUUUUUUAAACAUUUUUUUUCAGAAUACUGUUUUUCUUUUUGCCUUUCAUCUUUGUUUCUAUCGAUUUUAUUAUUUUUCUUUUUAACUAGAUAAAUUCAAUGUAAAUAUUUAUAUACUACUACUACUGAUACUACUACUUAUUUCCCCUUACACUACUUGCUAGUAGUACACAAUUAUAGGAAUCAUGUUGCAUUGAUUAUUCUCUGCUAGGCACAUUCAUAUUUACCUGUGUUUCUUUUUUUGUACUAUUUAUAAAUGUUCGUAGAGAAAUUCACCAGUGUUUAUUAUUAUUAUUAUUAUUAUUAUUAUUAUUAUUAUUAUUACUGUUACUAUUAGCACCAUCAUUAUUGUUAUCAACUACGUUUCGUUGUAUUUUUUAGGCAUCUCAAUUAUUUUUCCUUUUACAUUUUGUCAUUAUUUCCCGUUUAUAUUACUCACUUAGGGAGGAGGGGGUGCUUUUCUAUAAAAAAAAUCGAUUAAAUUAUGCAUAAUGAUAGUAACAAUACUACUAAUAAUGAUACUGAUGAUAGUAGUAGUACUUACUGCAUCCACUCACCCCCACCGUCAUUGCCUCAUUUUUUCCUUCUCUCCAACUCGCCUCACCAUCAACCUGUCGUAUCAUACAUAUUUAUACACUUAGAGAAUUGUGCACAGACAGUUUUUUUUUAAAAUAAAAUAUUCAUUAUUUUUUCAUUAUUUCCUGUCAUUAUUAUUUUACUCCAAUGAAUGAAUUGU